AUGGCGAAAGAUGCCUUGACCUGGUUCUCUAACCUCCCCGCCGAGUCGAUCGAUAACUUCGACGACCUAACCAAUGCUUUUCUGAAGCAUUACUCCAUGCACAUGACCCGAAUCACUCGGAACAUGUUCACCACAACGCAAACCCAAGGCGAACCAUUGCGCAGCUUUAUGGAAAGGUUCAAACAAGCAGCUCGCGAUACUGGCGACAUGCCCGAUAGCGUCCCGCUGGAAGCACUCCGCAACGGCCUCUGGAAGACCAGCGCUUCUACGCCGAGAAGCAUGGAGAUAGGAGGACAACCUCAUUCGAAACCCAGGGAAGAACCCCCGGAGACGCGAAAGAGAUACAAUCCAAAAAGAUCACUCCUAACGGCGUUCGCAGCAGCCGACAAUGAGCCCGAGCAGGAACCGCAUCACAUCAAGAAACAGGCAACAAAUGUCGCGACGCCCGAUCUCGACGACUCUGACACGUUUUGCCGCCUCCACGGAACCGGCGACCACUCUACAAGAAACUGCCGACGCCUAACUCGCGAUCUCCUUCGGAGAUACCAGCACGGGGAACUACCACCGAUAAAAGGGGACCGCUCUCGUCAGAGACGAAAACCGGCACAACCCGUAAUCCCUGAGAACACACCGGAUGACAUAACGAACUACUCCGACGAAUCAGGGCAAGAGAUUAACAUGAUAAUGGGCAACCCCACCCAUCGCGAUUCCAUCUCGACAAUCACGGAGCAUGAAUACGCAGCGGUGGAGCACGAUCGCAACCCGACCCGCGAAGAAAUCCCCACUAUCAUCUUCACGGAUCAAGAUACGGCGACCCACUCGUGGUUAGCUUGCACAUCUGUGACUCCAGCGUAG